CAAAAGCAGCAGAGUUCCGAGGUUUCUCGGUAUUUUUCCUCCUUCAAACACGGAUCUUGUAAUCGGGCAAAAGAAAAUGAGUAUGGUUAAAAAAGUCAGAAUUGUAGACCCAAAGGAUGUGGCUUCGGGUUCUACCCCCACAGCCCAGGAGUCUACGGUAAAGUCUGAAGCCAGCGACAACAACUAUAUAAAUAACCUAGCUUCAGAUAUAGUUACUGAUGUCUUGGAUGAAGCUGUUUUCUAUUUGGAAGCAAUGAAACCCAUCAAGAACAUCAAGUGGAUCACUCAUGGUGAUUUCACAGCAGAAAGAGGCCGGCAGCAAAUCAGUCAGUUUGUUUCGUCCUGGGAGUUUGAAGACCGCUGGGUGCACUGGACCGAUUAUAUGAGGCGGGAAGACUUGGGCCACAGCUUCCUCUACCUCUACCGUGUGCACUGGAGCGCCCCCACAGCUCAGAGACCCGUCUCCCGACUCAGCACUUACAUUGACUUCACUGUCAAGAUCAACAAAAACAAACCUCCGGAAGCACCCAUUGAUGUCUCUUACAUCAUGGAAAACCAAGUCUUACUUCAAAGGCCAGGAAAGAUUCGAUUUCGAGAAAUAUGGCUGAAAGAAGCUAUUGAAAGCAAAUAUAUUAUGUUGGAAAAACCUGUCUUAAAAACAGUUUUGUCCAUUUCACCCACUAUCUCAAUACUGAUGCUUGAUAAGGAUGGCUAUGAAAAUGUAUGAUACAACAAUCAGAUCACAGGCUUUUUAUUGAAGAAUAAACUUGUGACACACAA